ACUCUCUCUAUAUAAACCCCUCUCGCCAGCUGCUUCUCCUCCUCCCAUCACCCGCUUGGACCUGGCGGCGCGUUUUUUCUACAUCUCCUCGCUUCUCGUCUGUGAUUCUUCUUGCACCUCAAAUGUCUUUUGACAUCAGAAAGGAUUACCUUUGGUUUCUUUGGUGUGACUUUUGGUUCGUAUGCCGUAGCCGGUUGUGGUGUUCUCAACGUAUAUUGUUUCGGCAUUGGACUUGAUAGGGAUAAGGGUUUUGUCUCGGCACUGGAUUUGGUAGAUAUUCAAAGGGUUUGUGGAUUUUUGGGUUAGCAUUUUCCAGUUCCGAGUUUAAGGAGGUCGUGAUUGCAAUAAAUUUGAGGAUAUUCUGAUAACUGCAGAUAUAAUUUUUCUUUCUAGUGGACUAAGACGAAUUUUAGAUCUCAUUAUAGUAUUAUAGAAAAGAAAAUUCUUCCGCUAUGAUGGACAAGACCUUGCUCCCACCAGGCUUCCGGUUUCACCCAACUGAUGUUGAACUUGUUCAGUACUACUUGAAGAGAAAGGUAAUGGGAAAGUCUUUUCAGUUUGAGGCUAUUUGCGAAAUCGAGCUGUACAAAUUUGCUCCUUGGGAUCUUCCAGACAAAUCUCGUUUGCGUAGCAAAGAUCAAGAGUGGUAUUUCUUUUGCCCUCGAGAUAGAAAGUAUCCUAACGGGUCUAGGACAAAUCGUGCCACUGAUGUUGGUUAUUGGAAGACCACUGGAAAGGAUAGAACUGUUAUCCAUAAGUCUCAUACUGUGGGGAUGAAAAGGACUCUGAUCUUCCAUGUAGGCAAGGCACCACGAGGCAAUAGGACGGAUUGGGUGAUGUAUGAGUACAGGCUAGAGGACAAAGAAUUGCUUAAUGCUGGAUACUCCCUAGAUGCAUAUGUCCUCUGCAAGAUCUUCCAAAAAAGUGGUCGAGGUCCUAAAAUUGGUGAACAGUAUGGUGCCCCAUUCAAUGAAGAGGAUUGGGAAGAUGAUCCUAUUGUUGACAACGCCAUUUCAUUUCCUUGUGCAUCUUCUCCCAAACCACCAGAUGAUCAGCCCAUCUUGUUGGAGCCAAUUUGCGAAGAAUCUGUAGCUGCUGGUGUUUGUGAGGUGUCUUCUACUCCUAAUCUUCUGGAUGCUGAUGGAAUGUUAUUGGAUCACCUGGCAGAGUUUCUCCUUGGCUCUCCUCCCUAUUCAGAAAAUGCCAAUAAUGGGAUAUCAAGUUCAGCUGUUGUGGAUAAAAAUAUCAAUGAAGUCUGUGGUGUAGAAACUGGAAUAUAUGCUGAAUUGGAGGAUUUGUGUGCUCAGGGAGGAAUAAAUAACAAUCUCAAUUGCUCUGGCACCAUAAACAGUGAAUACGAGCUGCAGCCUGUGCUAACAGAACUUGGUUGUGAACAAUAUAUGGAGCUGAAUGAUAUUUAUUCUCUCUGGGAAGGUGAUCCCUCUGAUUUAGUGGUGCCGAGUGAUCUGUUUGUCCAGUAUCCACUUGUUGAAAAUCCCAGUUCCCCAAAUUUAAAUAACAUGGACGUUCAGAACUUUUCCAUUGGUAGUGUCGCUGCUGCCUUGAAUGAUCCUUUUCCUGCAGGAACUGGCAUGGUUGCUGACCAAUCAGCAGUGUUUUUAGAGAUGGAAGAUUUUGGAAGAUCUGUGCCUGAGAUGAGUGCUCCUGUUUAUGAAGUGGAUGGUGAUGAAACUAUCUUGCAGGAGUCUGUUGCAUCUAGUCAAAUGAACUAAGUCCGGCAAUAUGAUAAGUUUUAUAGCUGAUUAAGCUUAUCACAGAUGAGAAAACAGAUAAAAGAAAGGUGAUGAGGAGCUUAAAACAUACCCGUUGAUAUGAUAAUAAAGAGAACUCAGUUAAUGUACUCGUCAGUAGAAAAGCAGUGCAUCGUUCUCUUCAUCAUAUGCAGGCUCUGCAAGCUAUGGCUAUGGGAUCCAUCUUGGGUGAAUGCUGGAGGGUUGGUCAUGCCAGCUUCAUUGAUUCGGAGUAUCUCCACGCUAGCUACAUUUUUCUUAUCUCUUUUGCCAGAAUUCCUAAAGAUUUGACAAUCUCUGAUUGUCUCGCGCUCUAUAAAGUCUAGGCACAAGUUUCAUUAUCUUCUCUUGCAUCUAAGAGUUCUCUGCUUGGAUUCGGACUAUUGUUGAUUCAAUCAUUGGGGGAUUGGCAAUGGGGACUUCCUCUAUCAACAAGUGUCCAGUUUUUUCCAUCAAUAAUUAAUUGUGCCGUCAGUGUGUCUUAGACCUACGAAGCUCAAAAAAUUUAAUAGUCCCUUGUUGCUUGAGAUCAUCAUGAAUUCUGGAUCACCCAAUAUGAAAGAAGAGCUUCGUGGAUGACAUAAAGUGAAUGAGCAGAUGAUUAUGCUGUCUGACAUGGUUUUCUGAUCAUGAUUAUUUGUUGGAAAGAAGGAAAUUCCAGUUUUAGUGAUCUUGUUGAUCAAAGUUGCUGUUAAUGAUUAUUAUCUGCUUCUAAGUUUAUUGUUGGUAUAAUAAAUGAGGAAAACCUAAUUGAUAUGGCC